UUUUUGCUGCGUCAGCAGGUUCUCCAUCUGUAUCGUGACAUCCUGCGGAGUCUGCGCCAGGUCAACGACCCCGAUCACAAGAAGUACCUCGUGGACUGGGCUCGCCAGGAGUUCAAGCAGAACAAGGCAGAAACUGAUGAGGAAGUGAUUCGAAUGAUGCUCUCACGUGGACGUCUUCAGUACAAAGAGCUGCAGAAGACCCUGUCCCUUGUCAAGUGAAGCUAGAACCACAUUCAGAACUGUAGUCAUUCCAGUUAGACCUUAUUGUGUGUGUGUGUGAAGAAGAAACAACAACAUGGCUCCCCCAAAGCAGCGUAAGGUUGCCGUCAUGGGCUUCCGUGCCGUCGGCAAGUCUUCCCUGACCAUCCAGUUUGUCGAGGGGCAAUUCGUGGACUCUUACGACCCCACCAUAGAGAACACGUUCAACAAGACAAUAAAGGUCCGCGGACAGGAGUUUAACCUCCAGUUGGUGGAUACAGCCGGACAGGACGAGUACUCGAUCUUUCCGCAGGCCUACACCAUGGACGUGCAUGGUUACGUCCUGGUCUACUCCGUCACCUCGCGCAAGAGCUACGAGGUGGUCCAGGUCAUACGCGACAAGCUUCUGGACUUGACCGGCGCGCAGAACGUCCCGAUCGUGCUCGUCGGGAACAAGACAGACUUGCACAUGGAGAGGGUGAUCCCACAGGAGGAGGGGAAGGGGCUCGCCGACCAGUGGAAGUGUCCGUUCGCCGAGUCGUCCGCGAAGGAGAAGGAAAGCGUGAACUCCGUGUUCCAGCAGCUGAUCAUGGAGAUCGAGAGGCAAAAUGGCGGCGGACAGCAGAAGGAAGACUGCACUAUUCUGUAGGGGGGCAGGGUCUUAGAAACACUAUCACCACCCUCCACCCCUUUCCCAGUUCGGUAUGGUUAAGUCUAUGCCAUCAAAAUGGAAAAAUAUGUACCAAAUUUGAUGGCUUACAUGUAGGGCAAAAGACUGCACUAUUCUGUAGGGGGGUCAGGGUGUUGUACAUCUUGACGAGAAACAUUGACCUCCCCCCCUGUUUGGUAUGGUUAAGUCCAUGCCAUCAAAAUGGACAGAUAUGUAGAAACAUGCUCACCAAAUUGGACGGCUUACAUGUAGGGCAAAACUUGUGUCCGAAGAAACCAGGGUUGCCAGUAUGCUUAACAAAGACAUUUUUGUGAACCUAACCAUAGCUUUGUCGCCUGUAGAUAAGUGUAUAGGCAAGAUACAUGUUAUUUUUGCUUCCUAUGGCAGAGAAAAUGUGCUGAAAUACGGUAGCUAUAGUGAUCAAGCUUACACUACAUGUUUUAUUGUGCUAGUAGCAGGGCAUGGCUUUACCAAUAGAGAAGUCGGUGCUCGAAAUACUUUUUUCAGCCAGGUUGCCCAGGCGGCAACCUGAGUCAAAAGCCAGGUUGCGCCAUCAACAUUUCAGGUUGCCCCUCUUCCAAGUCAUUAUUUCUUCAACCAAAUCAGCCACUUAUCCAUUAUCUUUCCUUCCAAGUAACUACUUAUGUUUUAUCUUAUCAAGAAAUAAAUACAAAAGCUCAUGU